AUGGUGCCAAAUUUUGCAGAAAGUGAGGCCAUGGCAAUUGAAGAUUUCAUCAAUGAAAAGGAGGCUACUCUAGUAGCAAAGCACGAAGAGACAUGGCCAAUCCUCUUUUCGUUGAGACCUAGCUGA